AAGGUACCAUAAAAUCGCCUACGCACAGACACACAACAGCUUAACCUUCCAACUCUUUUAUUUCCCCCAAACCACUGACGCAUAUGAUGUGUAACAGACAUCACCUCUCAGGGGAACAGGUGGGUCUAUAUCUUCACAGGUACUGUAGCACAUGAUCUACCUGCAGAGAUUCCUUGGACACACAGACAUCAUGAGCAUCUGUCCAGAAGUUAAGAUGUUGGCGGUUGUGGUUGUUUUAUUCCUGGUGGCCGGGAUGGGCGACAGCGUGAUUCUGAAUAAAUGUGGGCUGAAGAAACAGCUUGAAGCAUCCCUUACGCUGCCUCAGGUUGUUCUGAACCAAACGACUCCUGCGGACCUUCUGGCAAAGAUUGUGUGCCAUAUUCAGCUGACCACUGGCUUCAAUACCAGCUCCGUUAAGCUGAUCACAGAGCCGAGCAAAGCCAAAAAUUCAUGGGGGCACAGUGGCCGCAAGGGCCGUUCUGUUGGGAGCGGGAAAAAUAAAGGGCGACCCACCAGUAAUGUCACCCGCCCAACCUCUGCAGAAAGUUCAAGCAGUGGUGAGAGCCACGGAUAUGAUGGUAUAAAGUCAUGCACACUGUAUGGCCUGUUCCAGCUUAGUAACCGUGUGGCAUGCAACUCGACGCUUUCUCCAACCCUGAACCUCUGCGGCCUGAAAUGCAACAUGCUAAUUGACGAUAAUAUCAGUGACGACUUGGCAUGUGUCCAGGUCCUUUUAAAUACAAUGGCGGCAGUCACUCCUAAUCCCUUACACGCUGACCACAUCCGCAAAAUGAUCUCCUCGAUCUACAAGACAGAGUGUGCCAAUGUGGUGGCUUCUUCAUAUUUCGCUGACUGUUAAAAUCCCUAAUCUUACCAUAUCUGGAUCAGUUAGUCUAAAUCCUAAUAAAUGAAGCUUCUUCCUUUACUUUCUCAUUUAUGGUCGCUUAUGUUCUUAACUUUCUUGCCAAAGCGUCCAACAAUGCACCUCAGCACAGAUAGCAAUCGUGCUCCAUGAACUCAGUCUAGAUGUAUGUUUUAUCUAAAUCAUUAAAACCUUUUGA